AUGGCACAAAAGACAAGCAAGGGUCUUUCUCUGAAAAAGCCCAUUGCUUCGGCGAUGCCCAACGCCCGACGAACACGCUCACGUACUGGCUGCACCCAGUGUGUCCGAGUGAGCAUCAAGUGUAAUGAAGGUCACCCAAUAUGCCAAAGAUGUUUGCGCUUGGGGUUCGCUUGUGAUUAUUCAACGCGGUUCAUCUGGAAGCUGCACAAGCCGCCAAACCCCUCCAAGAGAGUGAUACGGUCCAAGCCUUUGAUAAAAUCGAGUGGCCACGGGGCCUGUGCCUGCCCUGGUCGCCUGACUGAGACUGAGCUGUGCGAUCUUUUCCUUACCAACGGCAACUGUCUUCUGCAUUGGACCAGCCCUUCCCACAAUGACCUUGUCGGGCAAUUUGCACGACUCAACCGCCAAUCUCCUGUGGUCCGAUGUAAUGUCGAGGCACUAAUGUCGCUAAGCCAUGAUUGCUGUCGGCUGUCCUCGCUUACGCGUAUUGACCGAGCCAUAUCUCAGACCAAGGAUUUUUUGGAAUCUGACUCGUCGCACGCUGAUCAGGAUGUUUUGGUUACCUCGAUGCUCCUGCUCUCCCAGGUCGCGAUGAGGGCAGGAUACACAUGGACCCACCACAUUGAAAAGAUCCUCCCAUUAGCUGUCCGCAUGUCACAAGAUAGCAACCAUUAUACUGCCGCAGACUCCCACUCGCACUCGCUGCUCGAAGUCCUGGGCGGACUAGAUAUGGACGCGUGGAUUGUGGGCAGGAGAUCUGAGCCCCUGCAUGUCUGGAAGACCUGGUGUAUGGGGCGGCAGGGAAUUGAAUCUAUUACGGGCCUACCUCGUCCGUUACUAGAUCUAAUUGCGCGUGUCUCGGUCAAGGAGGAUGUGUCAGCAGAGCUCCACCAGUUUAUUGGGAUAUUACCUUUACCCCAACGGCAGCGCCAUCGGGAGUCUCUCUGGCAUUGUUUUGCCGUUACGGCAUUGCUCCAUUUGCACGGCCGAGGCAGGCCCGUUGAUGGAGUGGGCGUACUAGCGACCCAGCUCUUGGGCUUGCAUUAA